CAGGGUUCACUCUGAGAUGGAUCAGACCCAAUUGUCCAAAGAUUAGUCCCCACCCUCCCUCUGUUUAUAGGACCCACCAUACCCUCUCCCUUCUCCUCCACAUUCACCACAUCAAUUACACACUACAUCCCCAUUCCCUUCCCCUUCCCCCAUUCUCUUCCUUCUCAUACCUUCUCCACACAUCCUUUUCCUCUCCUCCAAGGUUUCUACACAACACAAACACAUACCCUUUAUAUAAAACCUACCUCUUCCCUCACCUCAUCAAUGGACAAGACUGAGAGAGAAACCCAUGACUUCAUGAACGUUGAAUCUUUCUCCCAACUCCCCUUCAUCCGUCCUGCACCUCCCGCCCUCAAAGAAAAGGGCAUUCGACUCUUCGGCAUAGAAUUCGGCGGCGUCAACGCCGCCGGUGCAACCGCCGCCGAAGAAUCCGAGUCAGCAGAAACAAUCACCAACAACAACAACAAUGCAUUUGAAUUUGACAGCAACAAGGACAACAAUAAUAACAACAACACGGAGAACGGAGAGAGUAGCCGCAGAUUCGAAUGCCAUUACUGUUGCAGAAACUUCCCUACUUCUCAAGCCUUAGGUGGUCACCAAAACGCACACAAAAGAGAACGCCAACAUGCAAAACGACAACACCUUCAAUCAGCCAUGGUUCACAGUACUUUCUCCGAUGCACAAGUUUAUGGCCUCAUGAACUAUAGGUUCAACUCAGCUCCAACAACUACACUACCAUAUCCAAUGUGGAAUAGCACCACCACCACCUCAAGUGCCACCAUAACCACAAAUAAUGGUGGUGGAAGGUUUUAUGGAAGCCAUGGAAAUGGAACCUCUUAUUCUCACCAUCAACAAGAACCCAUCAAUGGAAGCCCCUUGGCCUUUUGGCGAAUCCCCAAUGGCACAACCCUUCAGAGUAACCCUAGUUUCAACCAUGAACAACGAUCGUUGCAUCAGCAUCAUCAUCAUCAUCAUCCUCCAUUACCCUUGUUUUCUGGCGAGGAAAUGAAUAAUAAUAAUAACAACAUGAGGAUCUCACAAGUUGGAGGAGCUUCUGGUUCUUCACAAAACCGCUACGUUUAUGACUCAAAACGCAGCGUUCAAGACCAUGUGAGUUUGGAUCUUCAUCUGUAAUAACAUUUUCAAUUAUUCAUACAAAA